AUGUCUUUAAACAACUAUCUAUCAGAAACUUACGGCUCCAAGAAAAGUUCUAAGUCGAAGUCAAAACAAGGCUCAAACUCAGCUCGAAAUGUCAAUAUAGUGGAUUCACCACAGCAGAUUGUAUUUACUGAUAAUAAUCGUUUAAACUCUAAGUCUAAGGAUCCUAAAAAGAAGAAGACUGGUCUGUGGAAGAAUCUAGAUACUAAUGAAAUUGUUGAUGUUAAGAAAGAAGAGCCAAUUAAGAUGUCAUCUGGCGCUUCCGCUGGAUUACAGAGUGCAGAGGAUGUUGCUAGGCAAAUAAAAGAGAAACAGGAGCGAGAUAAGCUAGAAGCAGGUGGUAGUGGAGGUGGUAACCAAUCUACAGUAUUUAGGGAUGAAUCUGGUCGUGUAAUAGAAAAUUAUGACGCCUAUAGAAAAGAGAAGGCGCUGCGAAAUGAUCUUCAAAAGCGAGCUAAGGAGCGAAAACUUGCAGAAUUGAAUAUGAGUGAUAUUCAGUUAUAUCAAAAGAAGAAUCCUGGUUGGAAAGGUACUAUUGAUGAUAAGGAUAACUUAAAAACUGAAGAUCCUAUAAUUGCAUUUACAGCUGAAAAUGGAAAGCAACAGGUUAAGACAUCGCCUUUAGGCAGAAAGCUUUAUGAAGGUAUAUAUCCAGAAAAUCGGUUUGGUAUAGCACCUGGCUGGCGAUGGGACGGGGUAGAUAGAUCAACGGGAUUUGAGCGAAAGUGGUUUGCUAAACAGAAUGAAAUAAACGAGAAACAGAUACAGGACUAUACACUACAACGAGACUAA